AUGUCAACCGCAGAUAUGCAACAUGAGCCGGUGGUUCGCGUAACCUACCUGGCGGGGUAUAUAUUUCUCUCCUAUGUUAUCAGCGCCAUGGGAUGUGCGACCACGCUGGAGCUUCUCCAUAGGCGGACGUCGAGAUCAGGUCUAUACAACUGGUACCUUCUCCUUACAUCAUCGAUCACAAUGGGCGGCAUUGGAAUCUGGUGCAUGCAUUUCAUCGGUAACCGCGCCAUUGUUCUCGGCAACGGCGAAUCCGACAUCCAGAUCCUCUACAAUGUCGCUUUCACUGGAACAUCCUUCGUACUUCCAGUAGCAGUCCUACUUUUCGCCUUCUACGCCGUCGGCGUUGAAGAGAAAGCGGGAUACCUGCGCAUCCUGAUUGGGGGUCUGUUGACCGGUAGCUCGGUCUGCGGCAUGCACUAUGUUGGCCAGCUUGGAAUCUCCAACUACAGGUGCACCUACAACCCCGCUAACGUCGUUGGGUCGGCGAUCAUUGCUAUAUUCUCCAGCAUCACCGCGCUGGGGGUCUUCUUCCGUUGGAGGGCUUCCUGGACAGAUAGCUGGUGGAGACGAAUUAUCUGUGCUUGUAUGCUAGCUGUUGCUGUCACCGGUAUGCACUGGACAGCUGCUGUUGGAACUACGUACAGGGAUCAUGAUCGUAAUAUGGUCAAUGGCACUCAAUUGUCCAGAAGUCAGGUCGUGAUUGUCUGCACUGUGCUGGCUUGUGUUGCGUGUUUGAUCUUGUCGGCCUGUGCUAUAGUCGCUGGUAGCAAUCGCAGAAAGUCGACGACUCGUGCUCAUCAACUUGUCCUUGCUUGUGCAUACUUUGAUCCGACUGGACGAGUCAUGGUUACUCCCCAGGCUCUUCUCCCAACGCGGAAGAUUGUCGAUCAUUAUAUUGGAAGGACAUUCCAAGACGAUGACCUUACUCGAACACAUCCUACCUUCUUGUGGGCGUUUAGAGCAACUCGCAAUUGGCCUGUCGUGAGAGACCUCGUUCCAUUCAUGCGCAACCGUCUUAAUUCAGAGGAACAAGCUAUCCAUAAACACGUCAUAUCACGAGGAGUGUUCAUGGACAAGGAAACAGAGUUACAGACUGACUUCGACACCUUGUUCAAACAGCUCUUUUGUGUCACAGCACAGGAACUUUCAGAGGAGCUUCGGCUGCCUCUUCAGGAUUUGGGCACACUUUACGAUGAUGUUCUUUCAACCGCCAUUCCGGUAUCUCGACUUUCUCGAGCAAUGGGCCGUUCCUCCCUCCGAACUGGCAAGGGUCAGAUGAUGUUCACUGUCCGCCAACUGAACAAGCAGGAAUCAGCACGGCUGUCUUCUCAAGGAUUCCGUUUCGCAACUAUCGAACAUGUCACAGGAACCCUCUCUCGCCGUAUCCAUGUCCCCGAAGCAGACUUAGCCCACUCCCUCCGUGAUAUGCGCGACUACGCAAGCACAAACCGCGGCUUCGAGGAAGGCGUGCACCUCAUCUCCUUCGUUAUGCGCCCAACAAUCCACGAUCAUUUCGAGAUCCUCACCACAAAGGGCGUGGGCAACCCCCUCCCCUCCUCAACCCUACCAAUGAAGCAUCUCCAAGUCCACCAUCUCGAGCUCCUCUCCCACAUGGAAGGCUGGUCCAUGAUAACCUGCAUAAAAUACCUCCAAUCAGACGCCGCAUCACGCACAUUCCCUAACCUCUCCGACUUCCGCUCUAACCUCACGAACUCAAUAAUCUCCCUCUCCAAAUCCCUCCCAGAAGACAUGCGCGCCGCAGCCCAGCUCUCCGCCCGUCCCCUCAUAGCACCCUGCCGCAGCAAGCCUUCAAAUCCAGAACAAGCCCUGCAAACCUGCACACUCCUCACCUUCUGCGUAGUCGGCACGCUCGACACCCAAGUCCCCAACCCAGACUACACAUUCACGCCGUUCCGGCUCUUCCGCGUCCAGCAACAAGUCAACGAGGUAAUCGCCGAUCGCGACGGGUUCGCCCGCGAGCUAGGCCAAGAGCUCUUCUGCACGGACGUCCGCUCCGGCUCAACAGCCAGUGAGAGCGACCUCGCGUCGACGGCAAAACUGGCGAUCCUGCGUCUCUGGCCCUCCCACAAGAGAUCCCAAUCUUCGAAGGGAUCGGGUUCCUCGCUUCAUUCGCAGGAAUCCUUGGUCGAACCUGUUUCUCUGGCUCUGCGUGAUAUUACCGUUCAUAAGGAGGUUCGCGUUGAUGUUACUCGUCUUCAUGAGACUUCUAUGCAGAAUGCUCUCAGUACUCAUGAUACCAGGACUAUUGUGGCGGGCGGUAGUGAUGCUACUACGCCUGUGACUUACGUUGAUGAGUUGUAUAGUCUCUGCUAUGCACCGGGGAUUCGGUUCAGACCUGAUUCUUCAUUGCAGAAUAUCUCGCGAACGUCGCAUUAA